UGUAAGUUUGGUAGUUUGGUCUCUAUAUUAUAUUUGUGUUUUGUUUUCUUGCUUAUUGUAGACUGAAUUAUAUCUGAAUUGAGGAAGGUGUUCUUUUUAUUUAACAUUUCUAGUUUCUUGUUUAUUUUGUGUUCAGUUGUCCAUCAUGAGGACACAUAUAGAUGUGAUGUGCUGUAAAUCAGUAGGAACGGAUCUGUCCAUGCUGGAUAUUGAUGAUUUAAUGACAGAAAUCUCUCAGCUGAAGAAGGUGGUGGUGGUAUGGAGGCAAAGCUCGGGGAGAGAGAUGAACUGAACACAAAGGAUGUAUGUGGCAUGUCUCUCUGUGUCAUUACCGAUCAAACAUCUCCAGAGCUUCUGGUUUCUGUCUGUAAUGAAAAACAGAAACCGUCAGUGAAUCUGCUGGACUACCAAAUGGAGCUGAAAACAGAAAUCACUGAAACAGAAAAACAGACAGAUGCUGAUUUGAUUCAUCCAGACCUGAUGAAGGAGGAAAUUACAGAACACAAUGAAAUGGAGGAGAAACCUCCUUUUGUAAUUGGAGAAGAAUCUCCAAACUGCUUUAAGACUGAAACAAAAUUUUCACCCAAAAAAUCUCAAGGAGAACCAAACAAAGAUUCCCUUAUGUGCCAGCUGUGUGGAAAGAUCUUCAAGCGUAGAUCCCACAUGAACAGUCACAUGAAAAUUCACACUGGAGAAAAACCUUACAGAUGUGAUCAGUGUGGAAAGACCUUUGCACAUAAAUACACUCUUAAUGUGCACAUGAUAAUUCACACGGGAGAAAGGCUUUACACAUGUAACCAGUGUGGAAAGACCUUCAAGCUUAGAUCCCACAUGAACAGUCACAUGAAAAUUCACACUGGAGAAAAGCCUUACAGAUGUGACGAGUGUGGAAAGACCUUUGCACAUAAAGACACUCUUAAUGUGCACAUGAUAAUUCACACAGAAGUAAGGCUUAACAUAUGUAACCAGUGUGGAAAGACCUUCAAGCAUAGAUCCCACAUGAACAAUCACAUGAAAAUUCACACUGGAGAAAAGCCUUACAGAUGUGACCAGUGUGGAAAGACCUUUGCACAUAAAUACACUCUUGAUGUGCACAUGAGAAAUCACAUCGGAGAAAAGCCUUACAGAUGUGACCAUUGUGGAAAGAUCUUUGCACGUAAAGACACUCUUAAUGCGCACAUGAUUAUUCACACGGAAGUAAGGCUUUACACAUGUAACCAGUGUGGAAAGACCUUCAAGCGUAGAGCCCACAUGAAUAAUCACAUGAAAAUUCACACUGGAGAAAAGCCUUACAGAUGUGAUCAGUGUGGAAAGACCUUUGCACAUAAAUACACUCUUAAUGUGCACAUGACAAUUCACACGGAAGUAAGGCUUAACAUAUGUAACCAGUGUGGAAAGACCUUCAAGUGUAGAGCCCACAUGAACAAUCACAUGAAAAUUCACACUGGAGAAAAGCCUUACAGAUGUGACCAGUGUGAAAAGAGCUUUGCACGUAAAUCCACUCUUGAUGUGCACAUGAGAAGUCACACUGGAGAAAAGCCUUACAGUUGUGAUCAGUGCGGCAAGGUCUUUUCACGGAAAAGCAACCUUACUAAGCACAUGCGAGUUCACACUGGAUAAAAGCCUCGCAGAUGUCCUCAGUGUAGAAAGAGUUUUGCUUGGGCAGAUAGUCUAAGAACUCAUUUUCUGUGUCAUUCUGGAGUGAGACCAUUUCAGUGUGAACAGUGCAGUAGAACAUUCAUAUCUGUACGCUACCUGAAGAAGCAGAUGAGGACACAUGCAGGUGUGACUAAUGACUAAACACAAGAAAACACAAACAGGUGUGACAUCUCAUAUGUGUUUUGAGUGUGGAAAAGCCUUUACUACAGCUAGCCAAUUAAAACAGCAUCACAGAUUUCAUAAGGGACAUAAACAUCACUCUUGCUCCUCAUGUGGACCGAGUUUCAGAGGAUCAAGACGUCUUGUGACCCACAGGAAGACAACAAAAAUCAUCCUUAAGGAUCUGUUUUGACAUGAAGAUGCCUAAGAGCUUUUGCUGUAGUCUGCUAAUACUUGUCUAGAUUGUCAUUGCAUAACUCUGCAAAAAAUGUUUUGUAAUGUUAGAUCUGCAAAUUGUAUAUUUCUGGGUAACUAUAUUAGUGGUCAAUGUGCCAAUAAAAAGGGGUUUGUGUGCUUUGGGACCAUCUUGUACAAUUGAGAUUUCUGUGUUUACUGAUGUCAAAAGCCUUUUGAAGCAUACAUUGGAUCAUCUUGGCAGGGUUGCCAGA